AUGGAACUGUUCACAGUGAAGCGGUAUGACGAAACGAAGCUGAACGCGGAGGACGAAAAACUUCAAGAGGAACUAAUCCUGCAGCAGCUGCAGGCACGCAAGGAAAAAAAGGCCAAACGAAGAGCGUCAAAGGUACAGUCUGUGGCACAUUCAUCCGAAGAAAAUGAAGAUGUUGACCAUCUUCCUGUCGAGGGAGCUGAAAACGAACGAGAUAUCGCUAAAGACAAAGAUCCUGUGGAAGGUCAAACCGAACCAGAGCAGCAAGCGGAAGGAAACAAGGUCUCGCAACUGGAGGACUUUAUCGUGCUGGGCGGUGAUAAGUUGCACCGCCUAAAGAAAACCGACGAAGUGCUGCCACCGUGGCUUUCGCAUCCAACCGUCAUUGACAGUGAUUUGUCGGGGAAAGGUCCUUCCAUAAAAAAGGCGACCUACCUGGAUGAAGCAUUGCGUAGCAAUCUGAAAACGAUGGGCUACGAGCGACUGUUUCCAGUGCAGGAGAAAGUGAUUCCCUGGAUUCUGGGAGCGCACGCAAAACCGGCGCCUUUCUGGCCGAGAGAUGUUUGCAUUUCCUCACCUACCGGCAGUGGCAAAACGCUAGCCUUUGCUGUUCCGAUUGUACAGCUAUUGCUGCGACGCGUGUCUCCAGCCGUUCGUGCGCUCAUUAUCCUUCCUGUGCAGGAGCUGGCCGAGCAGGUGUACGGCGUGUUCGCAAAAUUGUGCCACGGCACAAAGAUCACGCCGAUAGUGCUCUCGCGAAAGCAAUCCUUCCAGCAAGAACAGGCCAAACUGGUCUACUCAUUGCAUGGACAGUUUGUUCAGAAGACGGACAUUGUCGUAACGACGGCCGGGCGGUUGGUGGAACACUUGCACUCGACCGCCGGCUUUACUCUGCGUCAUUUGCGCUUCCUGGUCAUUGAUGAAGCGGAUCGGGUGAUGAAUCAGAUCCAGAACGAUUGGCUGUAUCAUCUGAACAAACACGUAAAGCAAGAAUCGGACGACUAUUUGUUGGGCCGCACCGUUGGACAGCUCUCGCAGACGGAACUUUUCGAUCGCCCUCGGCAACCACACAAGUUGCUCUUUUCGGCUACCCUUAGCCGUGAUCCGGAAAAGCUGCAAACCUUCAAGCUUUUUCACCCGAAACUAUUUACCGCGGUACGCGAUUCAGUCGAACAGACCACAACUUCCGCGGGCAGCAGUGAGAAAUUCGGGGCGCAGAACGCACUCCUACGACGCGGCAAAUUUAUUGGACAGUACACCACACCGGCGGAGUUGCGCGAAUUGGUUUGCUAUACACAGUUCCGCAUUAAACCGCUUACGCUGUUUGCCCUCAUCCGCCAGGCGGGUUACCGGAAGUUCUUAGUCUUCACUAACAACAUUGACGCUUCGCACCGGUUAUCGUUCGUAUUGCAGCGACUAUUCGGCUCCGAUAUGGUGAUCGAAGAGUGGUCUUCUUCGUUGAGCCCAACCGCGAGACGGUCCGUUUUGCAUCGGUUUAGUCUGGGAAAGGUGAAUGGUAUCAUUUGCACGGAUGCGCUCGCUCGCGGUUUCGACAUUGACGAUAUUGAAAUCGUCGUGUCGUACGACAUGCCGCGACACAUUAGCACGUACAUCCAUCGGAUCGGACGUACAGCGCGUGCUGGUAACCGUGGUACCUCGAUCACACUACUGAUCGAUGAAGAGAAAAAGAAAUUCAAAACCAUGCUGACGGAUGCUGGCAAGGAAGAGCUUGAAACAAUCGAGAUUCAGUCCUCGAUCGAAGAGGAAUACGCCGGGAAGUACUCGGUAGCACUAAACGAUCUUCGGGAUGCAUUGGAGCUCGAGAAGCAGAUCAUCGCCAAAAUACGCAACGGAUUGACCAUCGCUAGUCUGACACAUGUAAAUUUGCUGAGCAAAUUAAAAGAUCGAGUCCACAUCGAUUCGUCGAGCCAUUCGUCUGAGGUUAUCAAAGCGUUGAAACACUUGCCGAAAAGCUGGACCAACGAGGCCAUUGAAAUCCGUGCCGAGCAGAAAAAGAAUCGCAAACGAAAGCACGAGACGACCGAGAAUGCGGCUGCAGAUACCUUGGAAACGGUGAACGUACAGGAACAAGGAGAAACUAAUGAAAGCGAACCAACGAAAGCUAAACGUACGAUUAAAAAAGAACGUUGGAGAAACACAUUAGGUAAAAUGAAGCAGAAAAGUACGACUUCAGAAUAA